AUGACUUUCUCUAAUACCAAGCUCACAAACCUUUUUUCAUUGAAAAUAGUCGAUUUUUAUGCUACACAAGCUGUUCUACUACUUUAUAAUGUGAAAAGCUGCCCAAUGAUGAAUACCAAUGGUUUAGGAUAUAUCAGGACUAAUAGUGUUGCAUUAAGAUGUCAAUUGAGUUUACUGCCUUGCAUUCGAUAUUAUUCUAAUAAGUUGACAACAAAUACAUCAUAUUUACCUACUGUGUAUGCGCUCUCUACGUCACCAAAUACAAAAUCUGCCAUAGCCGUCAUCAGAAUUACAGGUAAUCAUUGUAAGCAUAUUUAUCACAAGCUAACCUUAAGAAAUGACAUGAUUAAACCAAGAGAAGCUUUAUUAAGGAAUCUUUAUAAAUCUAAUCCGCAUAAAAAUAGCAGGACAUUACUUGAUUCAUCGUUGAUAUUAUUUUUUCAAUCCCCAAGAUCAUUUACUGGAGAAGAUUUAUUGGAGUUACAUGUGCAUGGUGGUAAAGUUGUUAUACAGGAAAUCUUGAAAACAAUACAAUCAAUGCAUGAUAAAAGUAAGGGCAUAGAAAUUAGAAGUGCUUUAGCAGGAGAGUUUUCACAGAGAGCGUUCCAAAAUGGAAAAUAUGAUUUGACCAAAAUUGAAGGUAUUAGAGACAUAAUUGAUGCAGAGACUGAGACUCAAAGGAAAGGUGCGCUGGUAGGUUUUACGGGUGAGAACAAGAUUCUAUUCAUGAACUGGCGUUCAGUUGUCCUAGAUAAUAUAGCUCAAUUAUCUGCGAUCAUUGAUUUUGGGGAUGAUAUUGAACUAGAUAAUCUAAAUUUAAUCACAUCUAAAAUUCAAAGUAAUAUCAAACUACUAAAGGCUGAGAUAAAUAAGUUUAUACAAAAAGUAGAAAAAUCAAGCAUAUUACAAGACGGUAUAAAAGUUUCUUUGUUGGGUAGUACAAAUACUGGUAAGUCUUCUCUAUUAAAUAAAAUUGCAUAUGACGAUAUAUCAAUUGUAAGUAAUAUAGCUGGAACAACAAGAGAUGUUGUGACAACCCCAGUAAAUAUUAAUGGCUAUAAAAUUAUAAUAUCUGAUACAGCUGGUAUCAGAAACAGAAGCCAAACUUCUGAUCAAAUUGAAAGACUUGGUAUGCAAAAAGCUAUAUCAAAGGUUGAAAAUGGUGAUAUCUGUCUCAUUAUGAUAGACCCUACGAAUAAGCCUUUACUCAGCCCUGAUUUAUUAGAAAUAAUCAAAUCACCAAAAUUAGAGAACAGAAUCGUUCGGAUAAUCAUUAAUAAAAGUGAUUUGAUUGAAUCCGAUGAAUGCCUCAACUGCAUUAAAUCUCAAUUAAGAGAUGAAUAUAAUUUAGCAUAUCCUCUCAAUGUCAUUUCAUGUUUAACAGACAAUGGUAUGAAAUCUUUGGUUAAUGACCUUACUAAAGAUUUUCUACAUUUGAGUAGUGUGUCAGAGGAUGAAAAUUCUAUAAUAGUAUCACAAAGAGUGAAAGACAUUCUACAGAAUGAUAUUAUUUUCGGUAUUGAAAACUUCGAAAAUUCUUCAGAUGAUAUUGUAUUGAUGUCAGAGAACUUAAGAGAUACUGUUGAAGGAAUUGGAAAACUGACUGGAGAAAAUAUAGGUGUAGAGGAGGUGUUGGGAAAAAUAUUUUCGAGUUUCUGUAUAGGAAAGUAA